AUGGUGAUGAUGAUGCUGGUGAUGAUGUUACAGGUAUGAUGGUGAUGAUGAUGAUGGUGAUGAUGUUACAGGUAUGAUGCUGCUGAUCCACCCAGCCGAGGACGUGGUGGGACUCCACGUUGCGCUGUGUAGAUGGUGAUGAUGAUGAUGAUGCAGGUGAUGAUGGUGAUGAUGUUACAGGUAUGAUGCUGCUGAUCCACCCAGCCGAGGACGUGGUGGGACUCCACGUUGCGCUGCUGUCCGGCUGCACCAACUCCGCCACGCUCGAAGCCUCAGCCGGGACUCUGCAGAAUCUCACGGCCUCAUCGCACUGGGAGUGCGCCCAGCGGGUGAGGACCCUUGUGAGGAGCCAACGCGGCCUCCCGGUUCUCGUGGAGCUCCUGCGCUGCGAGAGUGAGCGAGUGGUGAGCGGUGAGCGAGUGGUGAGCGGUGAGCGAGCGGUGAGCGGUGAGCGAGCGGUGAGCGGCGAGCGAGCGGUGAGCGGUGAGCGAGUGGUGAUCGCCGCAGCAACCGCCCUCCGCAACCUGGCCAUGGACACACGCAACCGGGAGCUCAUCGGCAAGUACGCGAUGUGUGACCUUCUGGACAAGUUGCCACACACUGGAGGUGGUGGUGGUGGUGGUGGCGGUGGUGGUGGCGUUCGUGUGGUGAUGGUGGAGCACUCAGAGGAGAUGGUGUUGGCGAUACUCCAUGCCCUGCUGGAGAUCGUCAGUGAUUGUGGUGGUGGUGGCGGUAGCGGUGGUGGUGGUGGUGGCGGUGGUGGUGGCGGUGGUGGCCACAACGCCAAGGCCCUGAUGGAUGCGGGGGGCGUGGAGAGGCUGGGCAGCAUCGCGCGGACCACGGACGGGAGUUUCUCUGCCCGUGAGGUUCGUGCUGCUACUGCCGUUCUGCGUCGCCUGUGGUCUCACCCCGUGGUGAGGAAGCAGCUCACCAGGGACGGCUGGAGGAAGGGAGACUUUCAGGCGACCCUGGUGAGGGGGUACGAUGGGGGUCCCCGUGGGGCUAAGGAGGGUCCCCGUGGGGGUCCCCGUGGGGGUCCCCGUGGGGGUCACCUCCCUGCUGAUGCCCCACUGCUCAAGGACUCGUGGGGAGCGAGCCUGGGACCUCACAAGGGGAGAGACGGAAGUCUCCGGGAGCCGAUCCCCAUGGACGAGUUGGGCCCCGACGCUUACUCCACCCUGGACAACACCGAGAGGGAGAGGAGAAUCCUCGCGCCGGCUGGCAGGACUGGGACCGCCCAGAGGGGAGGAGCUCCGGCUGGCUCCGCCCCUUCCCUGCGCCUAGGCCGCACCCGCCCAGCGGGGGGCGGAGACUCGUGGGUGUGAGCAACCCUCAACACCCCCCACCCACGCGUUCACCUCACCUGGAUUUGGCUGAUGGGUGAUGGAGUUAGCGGAGGAAAACAAUCAGGAGCUGUCAAGCGAGAUGCUGAUGUUAACUAUGAUGCUGAUGUGGUGAUGAUAAUGGUGAUGAUGGUGAUGAUGGUGAUGAUGAUGGUGAUGAUGAUGGUGAUGAUGAUGUUAACUAUGAUGCUGAUGAAGGUCAUGAUGA